GGCAGGGAGCAGGAAUCGCCAGGCAUCCCGACGGACAGACUUGUAACGUUGCCCAAACACGAACUCGGAGUCUGAUCUGAUUUCCAUGCAGAACUCAUUUUGUGACUUCGCUGUUGGAUUGUCGGGAUCAGCCCCUCCCCCCUCUCCUGAUCCCAGAAGGAAGACCGGGCGGGGGAUUUCCUCUCCUCCUUCCCCCCCACCCGCUCAACACUUUCCCUCCCCUCCCGGCACAUCCUUCUCUCAUCCCGCCCACACAAUCCCAGAUCCCGCCCCCAAUACAUUGCUGCUCCUCCUCCUCCUCCUCCAAUCCGGCUUCGCUCCGGAAAUGAGGGGGGAGCCCCCCUCCCAGCCUCCCUUCUUCUCCCGCAAGUGAAGCGUCCACUCCGGAUUGCCGCUCUGCCCCGUAGAUCUAGGGGGGGGCGCUUUCGGAAAGGGGAGGAGGAUGGGAAGAGGAGGAUCCCCGCCCAACGUGGAUGUUGCAGGAAAGGAAAGGAGAAUCGCGAGCGAGGACAAAGAGGGCCUGCCUUCACCUGCAGCAGAAUUCCCCAACCCACCAAGAAUUUGAGACCCAGCAGCUAUCCUCACCUGGUUUAGCAGGCCGGUUGAAGCUGUUCCUGGGAUUGUGACCCCUAUUCCAUCCUGACAGCUUCUGGAAGCCACAGGAUUCCCUUUCCUCCCACUCUGAAGAAGGAGAUGGAGAAGACAGUCAGAACUCCAGGGGAUGGGUCACCUUUCGUUCCAUUAGGAAUAGAAAUUAAAAUGUGUGAAAUGUGGAAUAUGCUUCAUUGAAUGAGGACACAUAGUUCACAUCAACAACCUCCAACAGGAGAGAAACGAUUUAAAGGUAUGGAGUGUGGGAAAAGUUUCGCUGAUAGUAGAAACCUUAGAACACAUCAACGGACUCAUACAGGGGAGAAACCAUUUAAAUGCCUGGAGUGCGGAAAGACCUUUACUGGUAAUGGAAACCUUAGAAGACAUCAACAGACUCAUACAGGGGAGAAACCAUUUAAAUGCCUGGAGUGCGGAAAGUGCUUCAGUCAGAAUGGAGACCUUAGAAGACAUCAACGGACUCACACAGGGGAGAAACCAUAUAAAUGUAUAGAGUGUGGAAAGAGCUCCAGUCAUAAUGGAUACCUUAAAUUACACCAGCGGAUUCACACAGGGGAGAAACCAUAUAAAUGUAUAGAGUGCGGAAUGAGCUUUAGUCAUAAUGGAAGCCUUAGAAGACAUCAACGGACUCACACAGGGGAGAAACCAUAUAAAUGUAUAGAGUGCGGAAAGAGCUUUACUGGUAAUGGAAACCUUAGAAGACAUCAACAGACUCAUACAGGGGAGAAACCAUAUAAAUGCCUGGAGUGCGGAAUGUGCUUCAGUCAGAAUGGAGACCUUAAAUUACACCAGCGGAUUCACACAGGGGAGAAACCAUAUAAAUGUAUAGAGUGCGGAAUGAGCUUUAGUCAUAAUGGAAGACUUAGAACACAUCAAUGGACUCACACAGGGGAGAAAUCAUUUAAAUGUAUAGAGUGCGGAAAGAGCUUUAGUGAUAAUGGAAGCCUUAGAAAACAUCAACGGACUCACACAGGGGAGAAACCAUAUAAAUGUAUAGAGUGCGGAAAGAGCUUUAGUGAUAAUGGAAGCCUUAGAAAACAUCAACGGACUCACACAGGGGAGAAACCAUAUAAAUGUAUAGAGUGCGGAAUGAGCUUUAGUGAUAAUAGAAGCCUUAGAACACAUCAACGGACUCACACAGGGGAGAAACCAUAUAAAUGUAUAGAGUGUGGAAAGAGCUUUAGUCAUAAUGGAAGCCUUAGAACACAUCAACGGACUCACACAGGGGAGAAACCAUAUAAAUGUAUAGAGUGUGGAAAGAGCUUUAGUGAUAAUGGACACCUUAGAAGACAUCAACGGACUCACACAGGGGAGAAACCAUAUAAAUGUAUAGAGUGUGGAAAGAGCUUUAGUGAUAAUGGAAAACUUAGAACACAUCAACGGACUCACACAGGGGAGAAACCAUAUAAAUGUAUAGAGUGCGGAAUGAGCUUUAGUCAUAAUGGAAGCCUUAGAACACAUCAACGGACUCACACAGGGGAGAAACCAUUUAAAUGUAUAGAGUGCGGAAAGAGCUUCAGUGAUAAUGGAAAACUUAGAAGACAUUAGCAGACACACAGCAGAGAAACCAUUUAAAUGUAUGGACUGUGGAAGGAGCUUCAGUCAGAGAGGAACCCUUGAUUUAUGUCAACAAACUCACACAAAACACAAACCUUAUAAAUAUCAGGAAAUUACCGUAUUUUUCGCACCAUAGGACACACUUUUUCCCUCCUAAAAAGCAAGGGAAAAUGUGUGUGCGUCCUAUGGAGCGAAUGCAGGGGGGAGGCAGGCGGGAAAAGCCCCCAAGAGCCGCACACAAGCUUCGUGCGCUUUUGCGGGCUUUUCCCCAGGAGGGAGAAGGGACUGACUGGCCGCAUCAGUCCCUUCUCCCUCCUCAGGGAAAAGCCCCCAAGAGCAGCGCCCUCUUUAAAGGCUGCGCGGCUCCUGCGGGCUUUUCUACGAGGUGGGGGAAUCCCCCCACCUCCCAGAAAAGCCAGGAGAAGCCGCGCAGCCCCG